AUGGUCGAGCUCCUCGUACAGAACGGCGCGUGUGCCAAUGAGACGUUGAAUCACUCAAACAGCGUGAUAUUCAAUGCCAUCAGGAAAAACGCUGUAGAUAUAGUACGACUCAUAUCUGGCGCCGAGGGCCAUGACUGGACUGUUACGGACCGUAAAGGAAAGGGCGUUCUGCAGGUGGCGGCAACGCUCGCCAGGUCCGAUAUGGUCCAGUAUCUCUUGUCGCUCCUCAACGAGCCUGACGGUCGAUACGAAUUCUCUACAGAUGGCGCUCUGCAUCUCGCAAUCGCCUGCAAGCGUCACCACAGUGCCCGCCUCUUGAUGCGCAGUGCUCACGUCGACCGGAAAUUGCUGCUGGACAGCCAUCUGGGCGAUGGCAAAUUGCUCUACCCAGAAUCAACACCGAUAUAUGAAGCUUGUUGCCGCGGACCUUUGGAUAUUGUACGGUAUCUGGUUGAACAGGAAUACUGGACUAUCCCGCUGCCCGACCUUUGCGUCUUCUUUGCAGCCGUGAAUGGUCAGCAAGACAUUUUGGAAUAUCUGUUGGGAUGUGCAGCAACCCGCGCGGAAAUGGACUGGUUGCUGCUCAAGGCAGUGGAAAGGGCGUCGGAUGAUGACCACUUUCAAUGUUCAGGUUACGCAGCUGCCAAGCUGUGCAUCGGGUUGGCGGAUUUGCCGAAUUCGACGCGGCAGGCUGAAUGGCUCGGUGCUAUACGCGACAAGGGUUGGCCGGACUUGGAAGACCUCGUCGAAUGGGGAUGUCAGGAAUUGGAUCUACAACAGAAGACUCUUGGCUAA